GAUAGAAAUAGGGAAACUAUAAACAAACCCGACACCCGACCUUAGGACUUUCUGAGAAGAGAUAAUUUUCAUUAAAUUUCUAUUUAUUAUCAACAUGGAAUAACAAAAAAUCAAGUCUGCCGAAUAAUCAGAUCCCAUUUUUAAGUUAGGAAAUACCACUCCAAUUGAAGACUCAAGAAUAAAUUGACCAAACAGAACUUCGUCCCUCUCCCUUGAAAUAAACAAUAGCAUCAGCUUCGCAAUAAUUAACUUGCCGGAAUAGUUCAACCAAGCCGAAAAUGUAACAAUGAAGACUUACAAGUGAUCAUUUAACGAUAGAAAUUGUUGACAAAAUGCUACCAAACAUCGAUAAACAUCACAUUUUAAGUAUUGUGUUGGUUAUAAUAGUGAAUUCAAGUGUUUCAGCAAACGAACAGGAAUUUUAUAAUGCAGCCAACUGCACCAGCAGCCAAUUCACCUGCAAGAGCGACAGGAGCUGCAUACCCCUGCGAUGGCGAUGCGACAGCCGCAUCGACUGCGCGGACGGCAGCGACGAAACCGACGAGUGUCAGAUCGGGAGGGACUGCGGCCCCGAGAAAUUCCAGUGCAAACUGACCAAGAAGUGCAUACCAUCCGGUUACUUCUGCGACGGCGAGAACGACUGCGGCGUCUCCUCCCUCUACGGCGAGGACCUGUCCGACGAAGACCCGAAGCUCUGUCACCAGAAGGCCCGCUGCGGUUGGAACCAGGCCGCGUGUCCGGACGGCCAGGAGUGCGUCCAUCUGUCCAAGUUUUGCGACGGCAAGAGCGACUGUCCCGGCAACAGCGACGAGUGGGACUUUUGCAGGAACAGGUCGUCGUCGUGCGACACGCUGCUGUGCGAGUCUUGCAGACCUACGCCCGAAGGACCGAGGUGUUACUGUCCGGAGGGGCAGAGGCCGGAGGGUUCGAGGUGCGUCGACGCCGACGAGUGCGAGCUGGAGAACUCAUGCGCACAGAUCUGCAGGAACACCGUCGGGUCUUACGACUGCGACUGCGUCUCCAACGGGUACAGGAAGAACGGCACCAGGUGUACGGCUGUUAAUGUUCCAGAGACAGAACCACCAUCUUUGAUACUCACCACAUUGUUCAACAUAAGACACGUCGGCGUGGACGGCAGCAAAUGGCCCGGAAACUCCACCUACAAUAUCUUAAACAGCCGAGCCUUGGAAGUCAUCCACAGGAACCACACCGUCUGCUACAUCCACAACAACAUGACAAAAUCCGACAUCGUUUGCGCAAACGUCAACAAUCUGAAUCAGAGAUGGGUGCUACGUCCAACUGCCAGCUUGGUCGAUCCCGCAACGAUCAAGCAAAUCGCCUUCGAUUGGGUGGCUGAGAAUUGGUAUUUCCUAGAUCACGAUAGGGAAAUCAUUUACGCGUGCAAUAAGAAUCUCACUUGGUGCUCGAUCAUCGUCGAAAAUAAUUUAGGAAACCCUAGAGGGAUGGCUUUGGACCCCAUCAGAGGAUUUUUAUUUUUCACGAGAUGGGGACUGUCCUCGCCGGCCCUAGAAAGGUGCCUUUUGGACGGAAGCUCCAGGAAAAUAAUAGUCGAGCACAAAAUACUCUAUCCGCACAGCAUCGCCCUGGAUCUACCCAACCAGAAACUGUACUGGUUGGACAACUAUCUGGAUUUCGUAGAAAGGGCGGAUUACGAAGGCGGUCACAGGAGCACCGUUUUAAAAUUGAACAACACCCUCUCGAGGUACAACAAAGUCAGUGGGAUCACGUUUUUCGAGAACAAGCUGUUCCUUUCGUCCGAAGUGAACAACAGCAUUCUGGAGUUCGACACUUUGUUGAGCAAUCACAGGGUCAUCUUACAUAACGUGAGACAGCCCAACGACAUCGUUAUUUUCCAUCGACAAGGACAACCUGACCCGGAAGUGCACCAUCCCUGCCAAGAUCCAGGUGCCUGCGAUCAUUUAUGCAUAUCGAUGUGGGCGGAUGGUUCCCCUGUGAAAAAAUGUGUUUGUGCCCCAGGCUACAAACUCAGUGCCGAAGGAAAAUGCCGGAUAAUAACCCCCUCAUCGUUCAUUAUUUUAACGAAACUGAAGCCUUCCCUGAUACGAGGUAUAGACGCGGAUGAUGGAAAUGAAACAAUACUGCCAUUUUAUUCCGAGGGUAUGCCCGUAACCUUGGACUACGAAGCCAAAACCAACACCGUCUACUAUGUAGACGUUCAAGGACUCACAAUCGACAAAUUCGCAAUAAACAACGUAUCCGAUCAUUCUGUGAUGAAGAAAAUGGACCGUAGGAUAGACGGUUUAGCCUUCGACUGGAUGUCGAGAAACCUCUAUUAUACCAUAAGCGAACUUGGUAUAGUAGGUGUAUUAAAAGCGACCAACGUAUCGAUAUCUAAAACUUUGGUAUACAACACUCUGUAUUAUCCGAACUUGAUCGUCGUCGACCCCAAGCAGGGUAUGAUGUAUUGGGUGCACUGGUCCCCGAUAAAUCCACUAGAUAGCAAGAUAUACUCCACCCGAAUGGACGGAUCUAACACCAACGUAUUCGUAAAAGACGACAUCUACAAACCGAGCGGUUUGACCCUCGAUCUUCAGGAAAAACUCUUGUAUUGGUGCGAUCAGAGCCUCAACAGAGUGGAGAGCAUCGACUUGGACGGGAAAGUCAGAAGGAUCGUUUUAGAUCUUGGCACGCAGAAACCUUUGGGAUUGUCUUCGGGCAUCGGUGGAGUCUUGUACUAUGCCAGUCUGUUUGAAGGUGUUAUGUCCUAUAGGAAUGGUACUCUGAAGGUGGUCAGUGAUGUGAAUUACAUGGUUAGAGAUCUUAAAUUGUUCGAUCCUCGACUACAAAAGGGGGAAAACGAAUGCACCGACAACAAGAAGGCAUGCCCGGAACUGUGCCUUCCAACGCCAACGGGAGCCGUAUGCGACUGCAGGGACGGCUACGAGUACGUCGACGGCGUCUGCUCGAAAAUCAAGAACUUCACGGCGAUCAAGCUGGACCUGUGCCCGGCCGAGCACUUCCAGUGCGCGUCCGACAAGAAAUGCAUACCGGAAAGUUACAGGUGCGACGGUCAGGCGAACUGCCUGGACGGCUCGGACGAGGAACUGGUGCCGCUGGGCCCGUGCAUGAACGUGACGUGCGGCGCGAACGAGAUCAAGUGCGACAACAUCUGCAUCAUGAAGGACUGGCUGUGCGACGGCGAGAACGACUGCAGCGACGGCUCGGACGAGAGCCCCGAGCUGUGCGCUAAAGAGUGCGCCUCCAAUCACUUCAAGUGCAAGAAAUCGAACAGGUGCAUCCCGCAGAAAUGGAGGUGCGAUUCGCAGUACGACUGCGGUAUCGGCGAUCACAGCGACGAGGACGGUUGCGCGUCGAACCCUUGCGACAUGACCGAGUUCACGUGCAAGAACCACAUGUGCAUCCCCCUGACUUUGUACUGCGACGGAAGGAACGAUUGCGUAGACGGCUCUGACGAGAUCAACUGUGCCACCUGCGAUCCCGGCAACCAGAUAUAUUGCGGCCCGUUGAAUUCCUGCCUGGCCAUUAGCAAACGUUGCGACAACGUCACCGACUGCCCGGACAGAUCGGACGAGCAGAAUUGCGGCUCUAGGGUGUGCGAGAAACACGAGUUCAAUUGUACGACCAACGGAGAGUGCAUACCAAAGGAAUUCGUCUGCGACAACGAUCUGGAUUGCAUCGACGGCUCGGAUGAGAAAGAAUGCCCGCCCGACCAAUUCAAGAACGACACGACCAAGUCGAACCCGAGCACGUCCAAGUGCGAAUACCCGUCCAGGAUGUGCGACAACAACACGAAAUGCGUCUCUGUCGAACAGCUGUGCGACGAUCUGCCAGACUGCGCAGACGGCACCGACGAGAGUUUCAGAUGCGUCGAAAAGAUGUGCAACCAGAGCCACGAAUGCUCCCACAUAUGCCACAACACGCCCGAAGGGCUAGUCUGCGCGUGUCCCCAAGAUCUGAACCUGCAACCGGACAAGAAGACCUGCCUGACCACCCAUCCCUGCGAGGCGUGGGGGGUGUGCUCGCAGAAAUGCAUACAGAAAGGUUCCAGAUACAAGUGUUCCUGCCUGCCCGGAUUCUACCUGAGAGACGACGGUUUCACGUGUAACAGCAUGGAACAGAGCACCCCGUACGUGCUGUUCAGUAACAGGCACGAGAUAAGGGUUGUGGAUCUGCACACGUUCAACGUUAAAUCCUUUAUAUCGAGUCUGAAGAACACUAUUGCUUUGGAUUUCUUCCAUACAAAGGAUUUGGACAUGGUAUUUUGGACUGAUGUGAUCGACGACAAGAUAUACAGAGGAUCGGUCGUCGGCGGUUCGCUGAGCAACAUCGAGGUGGUCGUCCAGAGCGGCCUGUCGGCGGCCGAGGGCCUCGCUGUCGACUGGAUCGGACAGAACCUGUACUGGGUGGAGAGCAACCUCGAUCAGAUCGAGGUGGCCAAACUGAACGGCAGCUUCCGUAGGACGCUGAUAGCCGGCGAUAUGGAGAGCCCCCGCGCCAUAGCCGUCGAUCCGAGGGACGGGUAUCUGUUCUGGACCGACUGGGACAACACCGCACCGAGGAUCGAGCGGUGCUCGCUGGCGGGACGCGAUCGCAAAGUGAUCGUUUACAUGGACCAGAUAAGCGACGGCGGUUGGCCGAACGGACUGACGUCCGAUUACGACCUGAGGAGGAUAUACUGGGUCGACGCGAAGUCCGACUCUAUACACACCACGAAUUACGACGGUACGGACCAUCACGAGGUGAUGAAGGACCACGAGAUGCUGUCCCACCCCUUCGCCAUCAGCAUAUUCGAGAACCACGUGUACUGGACGGAUUGGCGUACGAACAGCGUGGUUAGGGCGAACAAGUGGAACGGGGGCGACGUCUCCAUAAUGCAGAGGACCUUGACGCAGCCCUUCGAUAUUCAGAUCAUGCAUCCCAGCAGGCAGCCGGUGGACGCGCCCAGUCCUUGCGGAAAGGAUAACGGGGGAUGUUCGCAUCUCUGUCUGAUCCACACCAACUACACGUAUCUGUGCGACUGUCCGCACGUCAUGAAAUUGAGCGAGGACAGGAAGACUUGCGUGGUCAACGAAAAGGUGCUCUUAAUAGGACGUGGCAGCGAAAUACGCGGCGUAGACAUAGAGCAACCCUAUUAUCACACCAUACCAACCAUCAGCACGCCCGUAGUACAUAGUCCCAUAAAAAUAGAAUAUUUAGCGUACAAUAACACUUUGUAUUGGGCCGAUUCACAGACCAGCGAGAUAAAACGGUCCGGACUCACCUCCGGACCGAGCGUCACCCUCAUAGACACCGGCGUUCAGCAUCCCACGGACCUGGCCGUCGACUGGCUCUCGAACAUCAUGUUCGUGUCGUCCUCGGCCGGCAUCCUGGUCUGCAACCUGGACGGCGAAUAUUCCACCAACCUGAUCAAGGGUAACGUCCUCAGCGUCGCGAUCUUGCCGUCGGAGGGCAGGCUGUUCUGGAUAUCCCGAGAGAACGACAAGUACCGCUUGGAGAGCAGCUUCAUGGACGGAUCUUCGAGGACCGUCGCGUCUCACGACUUCGACGGCCCGGUCAAGAGCUUGACCGUGGACGAGGACACCAAGAGACUAUACUGGAUCAGCGAUUUCGAGAUAUUCUACGUCGGCUACAACGAGACCGACGGAAACGCGACCAAACUGAAGCUGUUGAACAACUAUUCCGUGUCUGCGGCGACGAUCUAUAAAGAUUACGUAUUUUACGCCGACGACGACGAUCAGUCGAUUCACAGGGCCGAUAAGAUCGCCGGAACGGGAGAUGUCACGUUACGUAACGGCACCGCGGAUAUACUGUCCCUGCGGAUAUACGAUCCCGCGCUUCAGAAGGGUAGCCAUCCUUGCGGCAAGAACAAGGGCGGUUGCCAGCAUUUGUGCCUGCCGAGAUCCGCCCUCGCGUACAGCUGCAAGUGCGCCACCGGAUACAGGACCGAUCCUAAGGACGUCAGCAAAUGUCUCAGCAUCGAAGAGUUCCUGUUUUAUUCGGUCGGCUGGGAGAUACGUGGGAUACCUCUGGACGGCGACAACGAAACUCAGGUUCUCGGGCCGAUAUCUAGGGUCUCCAUGGCCAACGCCAUAGACUACAUCGCCGCGAAGGAUCUCAUCAUAUGGGCGGACAGCGAUCACUGCUCCGUCACAAGGAUAAACCGCGACGGCACCAACAGGGCGUUCGUGAUAGAGCAACCGGAAGUCAUGGAUUCGGUAUCGGUGGACUGGUUGACGAGCAUAGCGGUAGAUUGGUUGGCGGACAACAUCUUCUGGAGCGAUUCCAAGAGGGGGGUGAUAGAGGUGGCGAGAUUGGACGGGACCAAUCAGCACGUACUCUUAUCUAACGAGAUAGGCAAACCGGCAUCUAUCGCUGUUGAUCCGGUCAGGGGGUAUCUGGUCUGGUCGCUGGGUUCCAGAUUGGAAAUCGCCACCAUGGCCGGACAGAAUCGUAGGCUGUUGCUCGACAGCGCCAAGCUGAUAUCGGACGUUUCGCUGGACACCGAAAACGAGUUUAUUUAUUUCUGCGACACCAUCAGCAACACCAUAGAGAGGAUCAAGUACGACGGCACGGGCUACGAGCUCCUGUUGAACACGUCCAUCGAGAACCCCGUCGGGGUUGCCGUGUUCAACAACAAGAUUUACUGGAUUGACACCACCAACGAGAGAGGAAGCAUCAAAGAGGCUCCUGUAAAUAAUCUGACCGAUUACAAGAUCUUAGCCAAAGAUAUCGGAGACUCGCUCAAAGACAUACAGAUCUUUUCGAAGAGAAAACAGGAGGGUACGAAUCCUUGCGCGAUCAAAAAUGGCGGCUGCCAACAGCUCUGCCUAUUCAACGGAACGCACCCAGUUUGCGUAUGUUCCCAUGGAAAAUUGACGUCUGACGGCAAGAAAUGCGAAGAUUUCGAUAGUUUCGUGAUGUACUCGAGAGUUGUAAGCAUCGAUUCCGUGCACAUAUCCAACGAGGAGAAUGUGCAGAACGCGCCCCAUCCCAGUAUUAAGAACAACACCUUGCUCAGGAACGCCAUAGGGUUGGCGUUCAGCUACAAACACCAGAGGCUGUUUUAUUCUGACAUACAGAAGGGUUCCAUCAAUUCGGUGUUUUUCAAUGGAUCCGACCAUAGGAUUAUAGUGCAAAGACAAGGUUCCGUGGAAGGCCUAGCCUAUGAACAGAUCCAUCAGGCCCUUUACUGGACCUGCAACAACGACGCGACAAUCAACCGCGUCUUCUUGACCGAUCGCAUGACGAACGCCAGCUCCGUACAGACCAUAUUCAAAUUACGUAGCCAGGACAAGCCGAGGGGAAUCGGCAUAGACAGCUGCGGCGGCAGGAUAUUCUGGACCAACUGGAACUCCCACACGCCCAGCAUCGAGCGCGCCUACCUCUCGGGUUUCGGCAAGACGUCCAUCGUCGUCACCGACAUCAGGAUGCCGAACGCGCUCACCUUGGACCACCAGGCACAGAAACUGUACUGGGGCGACGCCAGACUGGACAAGAUCGAAAGAUGCGAGUACGACGGCACGAAUCGCGUCGUGUUGGCGCAGGUGACGCCCCAACAUCCGUUCGCGCUGGCCGUCUACGGCGACUACAUAUAUUGGACGGACUGGAUAUUGCACGCGGUCCUCAGGGCCGAUAAGUUGACCGGUCAGAACGUAGUCUGGCUGAGGAGGGAAGUGGCCAGACCGAUGGGCAUCGUCGCGAUCGCCAACGACACGGAGAAUUGCUUCACCAACCCCUGUUCGAUAUUGAACGGCGGUUGCGAGGAGAAAUGUUCCCUGUCGGCGUCCGGGAGGGUGCAGUGCCUGUGUCAGGACGGGCACGUGCUGGCCAACGACGGCAAGAGGUGCUACAAGAAACUGGUGCCGGAUCAGCGGACCCAGGACGUCUUUCAUUGCUCGGACGGACACGCCAUCCCCUUCUCCCUGACCUGCGACGGGAUCUAUCACUGUCUGGAUAAGUCCGACGAGGAACCGGGGUAUUGCGAUAGGACCGGAUGUCCGGACGGUUGGUACCUGUGCAAGAACAAGAGGUGCGUGCCGGAGAGGAGCGUCUGUAACGGGAUCGACGACUGCGGGGAUUCGACAGACGAGCCGAAGAACUGCACGUGUCCGGCCGACACGCAUUUCAGGUGCAAGAGCGGCGAGUGCAUCAGCGUCGACUUCAGGUGCGACAGGGAUCUGGAUUGCCCGGACGCCAGCGACGAGAUGGGAUGCGGUGAUAUGCCGUGCCUGGGCGACGAGAACCUGGUGAAAUGCCCGUUCACCACGGCCUGCAUCCAUAAGGAUUGGUUCUGCGACGACGAGAACGACUGUUGGGACCACUCGGACGAGCAGAACUGCACCGAGAUCAGGAAGAGGACCUGCAACAGCGGCCAGUUCCGUUGCAGGAACGACAGUUGCAUACCGAUCGAGAAAAAAUGCGACGGUUAUAACGAUUGCGACGAUGCCAUACCUCCUAACGGUUCCAGUUCCGACGAAGAAUUAUGUGGUCAAUGUCAAUCUGAUCAAUUUACCUGCGGAGACGGAACCUGCAUUUCUAAAUCUUGGGUGUGCAAUGGUUUACACGAAUGUCCAGAUCUGAGCGAUGAAUAUAACUGCAAGCCCCAGUGUCGAUCAAACCAGUUCAGAUGCGAGAGCGGGGAAUGCAUACCGAAAUCCUGGCAGUGCGACGGUCGACCGGACUGCAGCGAUCAAACCGACGAGUCCGAACACUGCAAAACGCGACUGUGCGAUCCUUCCGAAUUCAGGUGCAACAGCACUGGCAGGUGCAUUCCCCUGGAAUGGGUGUGCGACGGCGAGGCGGACUGUACAGAUCACGACGACGAGCACAGAGAACGAGGUUGUAGCACCGCCACCUGCCUGAAGGACGAGUUCCAGUGCGCGGACGGAACCUGCAUAAACAAGAUCUACUACUGCGACGGCGACAGGGACUGCAACGACGGCACGGACGAGCCGAGCAACUGCCAUCACAACUGCGCGGCCGGCGAGUUCAGGUGCAACAACGGGCGGUGCAUCAUGGACCUGUUCAAGUGCGACGGCGCCGAUCACUGCGGCGACAACAGCGACGAGGGGAAACAGUGCCAGAACGAGGGAGAUUACUGCAGGGGUAACGGCUGGUUCCACUGCGAGAACGGCGUCUGCAUCAACGAUACGCUCCUGUGCAACGGGGAGAACAACUGCGGCGAUUACAGCGAUGAGAAUAAAUGCAACAUCGACGAAUGCACAGCCACGCCACCCCCCUGUUCGCAAAAGUGUAUCGACAAGCCGGUCGGCUACGAAUGCCAAUGCAUGCCCGGCUACAAGAUAAGCGAGAAGGACCACCGACUGUGCGAGGACGUGAACGAAUGCCUGCAGAGACCGUGCAGUCAGGUGUGUAGGAACACGUUGGGCUCUUACCGCUGCGGCUGCGCCGAACCCGAAUACAUACUGAAGCCGGACAAGGCGUCUUGCGGCGCCAACUCGACCGUCCAGGCCACCGUCAUACUGGCCAACAGGUAUUACAUCAGGCAGCUGGACCUGGACGGUCGGUCCACCCUGCUGGCCCACAACCUCAGCAACGCGGUCGCCCUGGAUUACGACUGGAGGGACGAGUGCCUGUAUUGGUCGGACGUCACUCAGCACGGCAGUUCCAUACGGAGAAUGUGCGAUUACAAGAACGCCUCGGCGGCGGUUCAGACGCUACACUCGCCGACUUUGCAGAACCCGGACGGAUUGGCAGUCGAUUGGGUGGGGAGGAAUCUUUACUGGUGCGACAAGGGCCACGAUACUAUAGAAGUGUCAACUCUAAACGGACGAUACCGACGUGUAGUUAUAUCGUCCGGACUCGAAGAACCACGAGCGAUCGCCUUGGACCCCAAGGAAAGGGUAAUGUUCUGGUCAGACUGGGGCACCCAGGUGCACAUAGGAAAAGCCAACAUGGACGGUUCGAACGCCAGGAUCGUCGUGAACUCCAGUCUGGGCUGGCCGAACGCCCUCACCGUUUCCCUCGAAACUAAAGAGUUCUUUUGGGCGGACGCUCGCGAGGACUACAUAGCCGUGGCCGAUUACGACGGCAAGAACAUCAGAAUAGUCGCCAGUAGGGACAGGACGCCCAGCUUGAAACUGCACCACGUGUUCGCCAUCGACGUGUGGGAGGACUUCGUCUAUUGGACCGACUGGGAAACCAAGAGCGUGGAGAGAUGCCACAAGUACAACGGCGACCAGUGCGCCUCGCUGUUGACCAUGGUCCAUCGCCCCAUGGACCUCAGGGUGGUCCAUCCCUUCAAGCAGCCCAAGAUGGACAAUCCGUGCGAGUCCGCCAACUGUUCGGCGCUCUGCCUGUUGAAAGCGGAGCCGCCGCACUACAGCUGCGCGUGUCCGGAGAACUACGUGCUGGAGAAGGACGGCAGAUCGUGCAGGGCCAACUGUACCAACACCCACUUCGAGUGCACGAACACGUACAAGUGCAUACCGUUCUGGUGGAAGUGCGACACGCAGGACGACUGCGGGGAUGGAAGCGACGAGCCGGAGACUUGUCCGCCGUUCAAGUGCACCCCGGGGCAGUAUCAGUGCAAGAACGGGCACUGCCUCCACCCCUCCGACCUGUGCAACGGUCAGGAUAACUGCGGCGAUAAUUCGGACGAGGCUGAUUGCAGGAACUACACGUGCCUGAGCACCCAGUAUAGAUGUGCGGGCAACGACACCGUCCCACCUAGAUGCAUCCCGACCAAGAGUCGCUGCAACAAACUGGUCGACUGUCCACUCGGCGAGGACGAGCUGGAUUGUCCCCCGGUGACCUGUCCCCCCAACCAGUUCAAGUGUAAGAACGACAAGUGCAUACCGGCCGUGUGGGUGUGCGACACGGACAACGACUGCGGCGACAAUUCGGACGAAGAACAGAGCUGCCAGAACAGGACGUGCAGAGCGGAUCAUUUCAGGUGUUCCUCAGGACGUUGCAUACCCGAAUCAUGGAAGUGCGACGGAGAUCCGGACUGCGCGAACGCUGAAGACGAACCGUCCACCUGCAGUCAGCCGGAGUUCCACACCUGCGAACCGUCCUACUUCAAAUGCGCCAACAACAAGUGCAUACCGGGCAGAUGGCACUGCGACUACGACAACGACUGCGGCGACAACUCGGACGAGGUGAACUGCGCGCCCAGGAACUGCUCGGAAUCGGAGUUCAGGUGCGGCAACGGGAGAUGCGUCAAGGGCACGUUCAAGUGCGACGGACAGUACCAGUGCGAGGACAGGUCGGACGAGGAGAACUGCCGCAUACAGUGCAAGAAGAACGAGUUCCAGUGCACCAAUCCGCAGAUCUGCAUAUUCUUAGAGUGGAAGUGCGACGGCCAAAGGGACUGCACCGACGGCUCCGACGAGGAGAACUGCAGCGACGUGUGUCCGGAGGACGGUUUCAAGUGCAACAGCGGCCAGUGCAUCAACUCCGACUGGCGCUGCGACGGCCAGGCCGACUGCGAGGACGGUUCCGACGAGCAAGAAUGUUCCGGACUGGCCUGCGGCUUCGACAGGUUCAGGUGCAAGAACGACAGAUGCGUGCCCAUCAGCACGGUCUGCGACGGCCAGGACCAGUGCGGGGAUAACAGCGACGAAGACGCGAGGAUCUGCAAGAGGUACGGCCGGUGCCCGUCCGAGGAGUUCACCUGCAAGAGCGGCCAUUGCAUCGACAAGAAACUGAGGUGCGACGGCGAGAACGACUGCGAGGAUAACAGCGACGAGGAGGACUGCCACAAGUCGGCUUGCCAAUGGAACUCGUGCUCCCAGAUAUGCAUCGAGAAGAAGAACGACACUUUUAUUUGUAAGUGCGCGCCAGGGUAUUCCCUCGUCUGGGGCCACCACUGCCAGGCCAAGGGAGGUCUGGCCGAUCUGGUCCUGGCUACGGAAGCUGAAUUGAGAUUGGUCUCGCCCUAUAAGAUCGGGGACGUGACCAACAACAAGCUACGGAGUAAGACGCUGGCGACGGCGCCUGGUUAUAAGGUGUACGGCGUCGAUUUGCUGUAUAGGAACGAACAGGUGCAAGCGUUCUGGACUGACCAUCACAACAAACGCGUGCAGAGCAUCGUACUCGACGUCAAUAAUAAAGGCAAGACUAAAAGGGACGUAGACCAACCUAAAACGAUCCUGUCGAAUCUGGAGGACCCCAGAGGCAUCAGCGUGGAUUGGAUCGCUAAACGGCUGUACAUAACGGACGGUCCGAGGAUCUUGGUGUCAACGUUGGACGGCACGAGCUCUUACACCCUGAUCACCGGCGAUAUGCAGGAAUUGAGGGAUAUAGCGGUGGCGCCCGCGCAGGGAGUCCUGUUCUGGACGGAUUGGGGGCUGUUGCCGAGGAUCGAGACCGCUUAUAUGGACGGGAACAAGAGGAGGAUCUUGGUUAAUAGUAGUUUGUUGUGGCCGACCAGUAUCACGAUCGAUUACCCGGCAGAGAGGCUAUAUUGGGCUGAUCCGAAGAGUUUGGUCGUCGAGAGCAUCAAAUUCGACGGUAGCGAUAGGCAGGUCGUGCGGCAUUUCACUAAAGAAACGAAACCGUUCAAGAUCGAAAUCUUCGAGACCAGCCUGUUCAUAUCGACCUACAGGACGCACAAUAUACUGAAGAUGCCCAAGUUCGGAGUGGGAAACAUCACCCACAUCGGUGAGGGUCUCACCAGGAUCUCCGACCUUCUCAUAUUGCACAAGCACAAGCAGGACACGUCUCUGAACAAUACCUGCCAGGACUUCUGCCAUCCGAGCGAGUUUUGUCUCCUCAGUCCCCAUGGAGCCACGUGCACCUGCGCCGAUAACUACAUCAAGAGCAACUUGACCUGCAAACCUGUGCCGAACCGAAUUCCGUCCUGUCCGUUGAACUGCAACAACGGCAAAUGCAAGAUCGUGCCAGGCCUAGGACCCAAGUGCUUCUGCGACCCCCAGUACACGGGCGCCCGCUGCGAACACUACAGAUGCUCGCAAUUCUGCAAGAACAAGGGCAUGUGUUACGUGGACCUCAUAUCACCGAAAUCGCCCGACGCCCUCGCCCCCCUACGGUGCAACUGCCUACCCCAGUGGACCGGCGACAGGUGCGAGAUACCCGUCAACCUGUGCGACGGCAGGUGCUCCAACGGGGGCACCUGCUACUCCCCCAAACCCGGCCUAGCGCAGUGCAGCUGCCCACCCGGCUUCGGCGGCAACCGUUGCCAGAACUGCGUCGGCCUGACCUGUCAGAACGGCGGCAACUGUACGAUCGCGGGCGGCAACAAGGUCUGCAAGUGUCCUGUGGGCUUCACGGGCAUCCAUUGCGAGGUCAGGAUAUGCGGCAGCUUCGGCACGCCCAUAGCCACAGUGAACGGGUUCAGGUGUAGCUGUCACGCCGGUUACAGCGGGGAGCGGUGCGAACAGGACAGCUGUCACCUGCACUGUCAGAACGGGGGCACGUGCAUAAUGGGACUGAAACAGCCGGAGUGCAUCUGUCCGACGACGUACGCGGGAAGGAGGUGCGAGUUGGAUUUGUGCGCGACCUCCAACGAUCUGCCCCAGUGUUCGGCGAGCUGUCAAUGUGGGGAGAACGGCGUUUGUCUAACGCUGCAAGGCAAGCGCGUCUGCAAGUGUCACGAGCAAUGGAUUGGAAAACGAUGCGAUAUCUUCGUAGGCGCGAGCAACGACUGCAAGGAUCUCUGCCAGAACGAAGGCGUCUGCCUGAUGGAAGACAGGAAAGAAGUCCCUAAAUGCAUAUGUAAAGAGGGAUGGAACGGGCCGACCUGCGAACAGCCGUCCCAAUGCCUCAUGUUCUGCUUGAACGGCGGCGUGUGCAAGCUGGACGACGAGCAGAAACCGAUCUGCGAAUGUCCCGAAAAUUACGCCGGAUCUAGAUGUCAGGAGAACACGAUGCACAAACUGGUCAGGACCCGUAGCCCAGCCGAGAAGACGCUAGUGCUGAUAUUAUGCGCGAUACUUUUCUGCGUGACCACCUCUUUCGCCGGAUUCAUCGUUUACGCUCGUUGUUUCAGAAAGAGGCAGGCUUUCACGCACGAGAGACUGCAGGAAAACGAUUUCAACAAUCCGAUCUACCAGGAUAGGGACGCUGAGCCUUUCUCUUUGGAUGCUGAUAAGUCCGGCAAUUUUGCCAAUCCGGUAUACGACUCUGUAUACAACGGCAGCACCAGCAGCGGCGAUGAAAAGGCAGUUUUGUUACAUCACAACGCUGACGAAAUACCUCUCACGUUGGUCGACGAACCAGACACAUAUCAAAACUGAUCUAGCGACCAUAAAGACCCUAAAUUUUAUAAAUUGCUGUGAAUUGUGCCAUUUUUUUUUAUGUGGAAAAUCGUGAUUUGUCGAUAUUUAGUGUGAUUUUCUCAAAGUGACAAAAAUAAAAUGAAAUAUAGAAAAAAAAAUUAAAUGUAAGGAAUAUUCAGUUGCCAAAACUAUCUUCGCUUAUUUUUAAUAGAGAUCAAUCUCAGAACAAAUUUUACAUUGCUUGUAGUUCCCUAUUUACUUUUUAAUAAUAAUUCAUAAAUGCUCAAUUUUUAUCAAUAAUACUGUCUACUAUGUUUUUACGCUUAGAUUUUUUUUUAGAUGUUCUUUUUACAUGUUAGAUCUUUUAACCCUAGGUUUAGCUACACUAUAUACACUUUAUAUACCAUUUGAUUCUUUGUUGAGUAUCUCUUAAUUUUUUAAAAUGUCACUGUCGAAGCAACUGGAUAUUUUUUAGUCCACAGAUAUUUUAAUACCUUGUGAAUUUUUGAAGAGACUAAUUGUAAUGUCCACUAAUACGUCCAUAAAAUAACAAUAAAAAACGAAACGACUGAUAACUAUAUGGAAAUAUCGUAAUCUAACAUAACUUUAUGUGUUAUUUGUGCCAAAAGUAGCUUUUCGAAUAUUUCCAAAUUUUCUGCUAUAUAUCUUGUGUGUUUUAUUACUCUUCAAUACCGAAAAGGCAGCUGAUGUGAUUGAUCAACUAUUUGUAUAUAUAUUUUAGGUGACAUUGUGCUCAAUACUCAUUUACAGUGAAUUUACAUGAAAUUUAUAUUUUGGGUAUAAUUUUCUUUUGAUUAUAUUUUCAGAUCAAAGCAUUUAAAAACUGA